GUCUGCAAGAUCUGGCAAGGUUCUCGACCCUUGUCACCUCCCUUUCUGUUUGUUCGAGUCUUAUCACCUGCAUUCCUGCCGCCCCACCAGUGGCCACCAGCGCACCACUCUGACCAUUUUUUCGAUCGGAUUAAUCUACCGUCCACAGUCCACAACCCACACUGUGCCUUCUCAAUCGCUCCUUUCAGACCACUGCACUUUACAGUCUCAUACUGCCUUAGGCUCUUUCGCUCAGAAACACGACGAGUCGCUAUAUAUAAGACAAACCGAAACGCUUGCGUACCUGCGUCUUCAGCAUCCCUGCAACCCAAGCCAUGUCGGACCAGUCAUAUCAGCAGCCCGCAGACCAUCCCAUUAACGGGCUCAAGCCCUUAUCGAAUGCGGACGGAUUUUCUCUGCCUAUAACUGGCAACGAUCUCUCUCAUGGCGGCUACGACCAUUCAGACGCGAUCAUGACCAACGGACACCCUUUGGAGGAAACCGACGAAGACGAAGAUGAGGAAGAGGUUGACGAAGACUAUGUCGCCGUUGACCAUGACGAUUUGAAUGAAUAUCCCUACUGGUUCCGUCGCCCGCCCGUGCGCCAGCCGUCAAAGCUCGACGACCUGCAUCCGUUCGUACAGGUUCUGACGCAAUCAAACGUGGACGACUGUCUUGCUGUGGAAGAGUCAUUUCCCGAAAAUGAGCGCUGCACCAGAGAGAAGUUCAUCUAUCGCCUUGGACGAUGCCCUGAGCUUUGCCUGGGCCUGUUCACUCUUCCGAUUCUCGGCCCUGACCAGCCCAAACCUCGCCCUACACUCGUCGGACACGUUAUUGCGACUCGGACUUCCACCCCCUUCGUCACGGAUAAGUCGAUGGAACUACCCGCUGACUGGGAGACCAUGCGCUCAACAGUUGUUGAUGGGGAGACUGUUGGUCACGACGAGUAUGGAAGCACAAUUGCAAUCCACUCUCUGGCGGUUCUACGCGAACACCAAGGAAAGCAGGUUGGAAGCACAUUGAUGAAGUCCUAUAUUCAACGAAUCCGGGAGGCAGCUAUCGCAGAUCGCAUUGUGAUUAUUGCACACGAUAACCUCAUCCCGUUUUACGAAGGACUUGGGUUUGAGAAUAGGGGCCCAAGCAAGUGUCAGUUUGGUGGCGGUGGCUGGACAGAUAUGGUACUAGAGUUCAACACGGAGUGAGCUGGUCUGUCGAGGUAUUUCUCCGGUAUCUCUUCCGCUAAGAGUAUCCUUCUACGGCUUUUGAUUAGCACUCCCUGUUCCUAUUCCCUCUUUCUCCUUCGUAUUCAUUCCCAUCGAUGCAUGUUCAUGGAUUGUGUUUGGUCUUAGUGGUCGACUUCGAAAAGCAAUGGAGUUACUGGGUAUGAUGAUAUGAUCUGCUAUGAUAUGAUGACCGGUUUGGUUGGUCAGGGCAGGCUCAGUGUUUACCAUAGAUACUUCGGUAGUCAAUGUAUUCUAGCACUCG